UAUACAUAUGAAUCAGGAGUCUAAUUGUUGGCAAAGAAAAAGAGAAUUUGAGGACUUGCAGUUCUCCAUUUAGGGCAGUAUCAACAAACUGGUCCACUGAGAGCAGUACAAGUCUGUUGAAAUUGCUUUCACUUUCGUAGCUUUUUCCUUUCCAGGGAGCAGGAGCAGCCAUGGCUGAUAAGCAGCCAUCCAAAGAUGAUCCAGUCAACAUGGUGAAGUUGCUGGCCAGGAACGUUCUAGAUGGCAUUUUUGAUGACUUGAUGGAAAAUAAUGUGUUAAAUACCGAAGAGUUACGCAGUCUAGGAAAAGGUGUGAACUUCCUGGUGAACAACGCUGAAAACCUAGUUGAUAAUAUCACUGAGAAAGCUCAAAUGGCAGGCAAAAUACUUAAGGACCGCCUAUUGAAUCCCCCAAAACAGCUGAGUUUAGAAUAUCAACUUAAGAGUGAGGACACGGAAUCUGAAGAAAGCUCUGCAUCAUCUUCCUCUUCCACAGAAUCUGAAGAAGAAAAUGAAAAAAUCAGAGAUGAAGAAAAAGCUGCAUCAGCCCAGUCAAUGGCUGUUUCUCCAACAGCUCUUCUGGAAAUCCAGGGUGCACAACCCAGUGGCAAGUUAAAGCUUUGCCCUCAUGCUCACUUCCAUGAACUAAAGACGAAAAGGGCAGAUGAGAUAUAUCCAGUGAUGGAGAAAGAGGGCCGAACACGCCUGGCCCUCAUCAUCUGCAACAAAGAAUUCAACUAUCUUCAUAAUCGAAAUGGUUCUGAACUUGACCUUUUGGGGAUGCAAGAUCUACUUGAAAACCUUGGAUACUCAGUGGUUAUAAAAGAGAAUCUCACAGCUCAGGAAAUGGAAACAGCACUAAGGCAGUUUGCUGCUCGCCCAGAGCACCAGACCUCAGACAGCACAUUCCUGGUGUUUAUGUCACAUGGCAUCCUGAAUGGAAUCUGUGGGACUAAGCACUGGGAUCAAGAGCCAGAUGUUCUUCACGAUGACACUAUCUUCGAAAUUUUCAACAACCGUAACUGCCGGAGUCUGAAAGACAAACCCAAGGUCAUCAUCAUGCAAGCCUGCCGAGGCAAUGGUGCUGGGAUUGUUUGGUUCACCACUGACAGUGGAAAAGCCAGUGCAGAUACACAUGGUCGGCUCUUGCAAGGUAACAUCUGUAAUGAUGCUGUUACAAAGGUUCAUGUGGAAAAGGACUUCAUUGCUUUCAAAUCUUCCACACCACAUAAUGUUUCUUGGAGGCAUGAAAUAAACGGCUCAGUCUUCAUUUCCCAAAUUAUCUACUACUUCAAAGAGUACUCUUGGAGUCAUCAUCUAGAGGAAAUUUUUCGAAAGGUUCAACAUUCUUUUGAGAACCCAAGUAUACUGACGCAGUUGCCCACCAUUGAAAGACUAUCCAUGACACGAUAUUUCUAUCUCUUUCCUGGGAAUUAAAACUCAUAAGAAGCAACUCAGAUGGAUGAAGCUCAUUGAAAUCAGCAGAAGUAUUGUAUGAGUCAUUCAUGGGCAUGGGAGCCUCUGAGACAGAGAAAUAUAUACACUUUGAAGGCAACUCUGAGAGAUUUAUUCACUGAUUGCUUGGGAGAGGAUAUCGGAAUUUCAACAGAAAUAAUAAAAUGCGAAAAAUCCUUGGAAUUUACCAGACCUGUAUCCAACCUCCAAUGCAAGUAACAUGAAGAUUAUCUGUUGAUUCUUAUUCUGUGGUGACAGAGACACACUGGCACCAUCUUGUGAUGACACCAGAGAAUAAAACUAAAGGCUAAAAUAAUAGAACAUCUCAGAUUAUGAAUAAGAGAAAUGGGAGCUCCAUGAGAUAGAUCAUCCAUUACUAGAAAUACAAAAUGUUAAUAUCUGAUUAAGUGUGAAUAACACUGGAAUACAUUACAGUAACACAGUAAUGGCCAUGCACUAUUGGUUAAAAUCAUGAAUUAUUAAAUGAGUAUAUCAUGAUAAUGCUUUUAUUUUUACCUUCUAUACUUCAUUCUAAAUAAUUUUCUCAAACUUAAAAUAAAUACAUUAUUUUACCUCUAG